GAGAUUUCUCGUUUACUUAACAAUUUUCUCCCAUUGUCUUUUCUCAACUUCCAAAACAAAACCUAUCCCUGCCCUUGUAACCUAAUUUGUAAACAGAGCAGAUCGGGGAGAGAGAGGAUGGCAGGAACGGACUCAACGGAGAAUCACGAGAAAUUCGACUACGAGGAGGAGGAGGAGGACGACGACGACUAUGAAGACAUGAGUGAUGAUGAGGACAUGGCAGCAUCGUAUAAUAUACUUUCUGAAGCCAAUGAAAGUCUUAAGAGGGCGAAUGAAAACAUGGAAAGGCAUUUAGCGGCAGAGAAAGUGGUUGUGAAGCUCAAGGAACAUAUUGCCUUGCAAGACGAGAUGAUUGCAAGGAUCAAAAAAGAGAUUGCUGUGGUUGUGGAACAGACUGCUUGCAGCAAGAAACGGACUGCUUGGUGCAUGGAACAGAUUGCAAAGCGUAACCAAGAUAUUGCAAGGCGUGACAAACGGAUUGCAGAGUUUAGGGAACAGCUCAAAAGAAAGAUAAUCAGAGUUACGUUGGAAUCUUCAGGGUCUUGACAUGAUUGGUCAUAUUAUGUUGCUACAAAGACGGAUCUAGGAUUUCAGUUUUGGGGUACUGAACUCUUAUGAUGCGGAGGUGCAAACUCUCACAAUUUCACGGUUAUCUUAAAUUUAGUUAGUGCACAUGAAGGUUUUUCGGAAUUUUGGUGCUUGAUGUGUGUUUUAUUUCCGUUUCAUUUCUUUGGGUGAUAUUCUAAUUCAGAUGGUGGUU